AUGCCUUUGGGGGAAGACUACGAGGAUGCUAGGAACCUUAGGAAGCCUUUCGUGAUCAACAACAACAACAACGUUGGUUAUAGUGGGAAUCUCUUUGUUGUGCUAUGUGUCCUCAUCGUGGCUUUGGGUCCGAUCCAAUUCGGUUUCACGUGUGGCUAUUCUUCUCCAACACAAGCUGAUAUGAUUCGAGAUCUUAAUCUCUCAAUUUCAAGGUUUUCACUCUUUGGAUCUUUAUCCAACGUUGGUGCAAUGGUAGGAGCAACAGUCAGUGGUCAACUAGCUGAAUACUUUGGACGUAAAGGGUCACUAAUAGUCGCAGCAAUUCCAAAUAUAUUCGGAUGGCUCGCCAUUUCUAUAGCGAAAGAUACAUCGCUUCUGUUUAUGGGAAGAUUGUUGGACGGUUUUGGCGUGGGAAUAAUCUCUUAUGUGGUACCUGUUUAUAUAGCAGAGGUAUCACCUCGAACCAUGAGAGGUAGUCUUGGAUCCGUGAACCAGCUUUCAGUUACCAUUGGAAUCAUGUUGGCUUACCUGUUGGGCCUUUUUGUCAACUGGAGAAUUCUAGCAAUGUUAGGAAUUAUUCCCUGUGCAGUACUGAUACCCGGGCUAUAUUUCAUUCCAGAAUCUCCUAGAUGGUUGGCCGAUAUGGGGAUGAUAGAAAAGUUUGAAGCUUCUUUACAAACUUUACGAGGACCCAACGUUGAUAUUACAAUGGAAGCACAAGAAAUCCAGGGAUCUUUGGUGUCGAAUAACAAAGCAGAUACUCUAAAGUUUGGAGAUCUCACGAGGAGAAGAUAUUGGUUUCCUUUAAUGGUAGGUAUCGGACUACUUGUGCUCCAACAGCUUUCUGGUAUCAAUGGUGUUUUUUUCUAUUCUAGCAAGAUAUUUGCAAGUGCAGGAAUUUCUUCCAGCGAUGCUGCUACAUUUGGACUUGGAGCUAUGCAGGUUGCAAUGACUGGGAUUGCUACUUCGUUGUUAGACAGAAGUGGAAGAAGGAUGCUUCUAAUACUAUCCUCCUCCAUAAUGACACUUAGUCUCCUCCUUGUAGCUGCGGCAUUCUAUUUGGAGGGUGUGGUAACAGAUGAUUCUAACGUUCAUGAAGUAUUGGCAAUGCUCUCUGUUAUGGGGCUUGUGGCUUUGGUCAUUGGAUUUUCUCUAGGCGUUGGACCAAUACCCUGGAUCAUAAUGUCUGAGAUUCUUCCACCAAAUAUCAAAGGCUUUGCUGGCAGUGCAGCUACCUUUUUGAAUUGGUUCACUGCAUCUGUAAUCACCAUGACUGCAAAUUUGCUCUUACAUUGGAGCAGUUCAGGAACAUUUACAAUCUACGCCAUUUUUUCGGCCUUCACCGUUGCUUUUUCGUUACUUUGGGUUCCCGAGACCAAGGACAGAACACUGGAAGAAAUUCAGGCAUCCUUUAUUAGAUAAAUUUAAUUAUAUUGGAUGCAAUGAUGCAUGAUUAUUAUGCUGAUUAUAUUUAUGAAGUAGGUUAAUUUCGACGGUUACACAUCCAUCUUCGAUUCCUUGUUAAUGUAUUUUUUAAAUGUUACGAAGAUUGGGAUAGAUAAAUAUGUAAGAGUAAUGUUUAUGUGCAGAUAUUCUUAUUAAGAGACAUGCUAUUAUUAUGUUGAGUU